GCGGGUCGUCUGGUUGGUUCCCUCGGCGACGGCGGCAGUUCCCGCGGCUGAUUCUUAUCAGUUAGAAGGCGUAGGCAUGGAGACUUCUUCCGGCUUGCAGACCGACUGCGAGUUGCUGCUUAGCCGCUUUCAGGAGAUGGACAGUGUGCGCUUCGAAGACUUCACGGAGCUCUGGAGGAAGAUGAAAUUUGGAACCAUCUUCUGUGGCAAAAUGAGAAAUUUAGAAAAAAACACAUUUACAAAAGAAGCCUUAGCUUUGGCUUGGAGAUAUUUUUUGCCUCCGUACACUUUCCAGAUCAGAGUUGGUGCUUUGUAUCUGUUAUAUGGAUUGUAUAACACCCAGUUGUGCCAACCGAAGCAAAAGAUCAGAGUUGCACUGAAGGAUUGGGAUGAAGUUCUAAAAUUUCAGCAAGAUUUGAUAAAUGCACAGCAUUUUGAUGCAGCUUAUAUUUUUAGGAAGCUACGACUCGACAGAGCAUUUCACUUCACAGCAAUGCCUAAAUUGCUUUCAUAUAGAAUGAAGAAAAAAAUUCAGCGAGCCGAAGUUACAGAAGAAUUUAAGGACACAAGUGAUCGUGUAAUGAAGCUUAUCACUUCUGAUGUAUUAGAGGAAAUGCUGAAUGUUCAUGAGCAUUAUCAGAACAUGAAACGUAUAAUUUCGACUGAUAAGUCCAAACCAGACAAAACGCUCAGCUUGAUAAAGGAUGACUUUUUUGAUAACAUUAAGAACAUAGUUUUGGAACAUCAGCAGUGGCACAGAGACAGACAGAAUCCAUCCUUAAAAUCAAAUCUUAAAGAUGAAGAAGAACAGAGAGAAGGAGAUACACGAGAAUCACAGAGAUGUGAAAGAGCUGAAUCAUUAGCAAAAAUAAAAUCAAAAGCCUUUUCAGUUGUUGUUCAGGCAUCCAAGUCAAGACGGCAUCGUCAAGUCAAGCUUGACUCUUCUGACUCAGACUCUGCAUCCGGUCAUGGACAGACCAAAGCAGCCAGGAAGAAAAGAGCCAAGCCAGCCCCGAAGCCAGCAGGAAGAAAGGCGUCUGCCAGGAGCAGAGGUAAUGUACGGAAAAUCCAGAAGGAAGAAAAACCUUUAAGUUUGAGUAUGCCUGUAAUUACAGAAGAGGAAGAAGGAAAUGACAAUUUUAAUGACACAGAGUUCACUGAACCCAAAAGGAAAAGAAAAUGCUGAACAAAGAUCUUGAUGUGGAGCUUUAAACUUCAAGCUGACAGAAGAAAAGAUUUCUGUUUUGCGAACUGAACAGGAAGACUGCCAGUAUUAAAAAUAGUUCUUCAGAAAGACUGAAAGUUAUUUCUUUGAAAUGAGAAUACUUUAGUACAAUUAAGGAGAGGAAGAAUUUACUGUGAAGUUUAAUUUUUAAAAUUUUCUUUUGUAAAGUCUUCAUAAAUGGAGAUAAUUACACUUAAAAUGUGAUAGAAAUAAUCUUGCUAUUUGCAGAUUAUUACUGUUUUCCAUACUUUUUUGUGAUAUUGUCUAAAUACAGUGCUGAUAAUAUUGGUGCUUCUAUUUAAAAUCUUUUCUUGAAAGUAAUAUUUAUUGCAUGUAAAUGGCUUUGUAUCUAUAAUCUGGUAAUGGAUUUGCAUAUCAUGAAUAUUUACUAUUUUGUGCAUUGGUUGGUUAAGUGCAAUAAAAAUUCUGCCUGAUUUGUUUUUUAAA